AUGGCGGAUAAGAUUUGAAGUUAGAUGCCUCUCUGACGACCCCAGACUAAAUAAUAUUGGAUGUACAAUAUUUUAAAAAACUGAAAUCGCUGUGAAUCAGAUCCACGAUGACAACUUUAGUGUCACGUAAGGGUGCUACUGAGGUGAUCAAUGCCAGGAGAACGGAGUCUUUAGACGCCCCUAGUAUUCUCAAAUUGGUAAAGCCCAGCACUGAUGAACUCUUUGGCAGAGUCAAUGUUGUUAACUUGAUUGAGAAGGCUGUGCUGUCUAUAACCCUCAGCAAUGAGAGAGACGAAGUCUUAGCCCAUGCUGCUUUCUUUGAUUACCCAAAUGCUCCAAAUGUGGAUUCGGCUAAAUGGGAAGAUUGGCUGAAAAGCAACUACGACACCAAGCAGUGCAAUCCACUGAACACUCUGUUCAUGCAUUACUUUGUAGCCAAGUCAGAGUAUUCACAUGGAGCUGCAAGGGAGAUCAUCAGGACCAUGUACAAUGCUGUCCCUGAGGCACACUUCUGUUUUCUGGUGGUGCCGAAUGGUGUCUACCCAGACUCGGCCCUAGCAGCUAUCUUUCAACAAAUGGAACAUGUGGAAGAAACCAAGGGUCCUGAGGGCUGUGUGGUAUUUGUUUGUCACAGACAUUCUCACGUACCAGUGCUUCAUGUCAGGAAAGCCACUGUGGAGGACCAUGAUGACUUAACUCCAAUAUUCAAUCGCCAGAGUGAUAUGUUGAAGAUGACAUAUGGAGAUUAUUUCUUGGCAGAACUGAUAGAGGCACAGGAUGAAAAUAUGCAGUGUUUAGUUGCAGAGGUGGAAGGUACAGCUAUAGGCUUUAUGAGUAUCUGUGAUGAUGUGAAUGUUGAUCUGCUGAACACUUGCUUUGAGCUGGGUUCUUAUCAUGGUCUUAGGAAGCCACACCCAGAGGAUGAGCUAGAGCCUCCUGCCCCGGCUCAGACAUCCCCGCAGCCACCCCCAGAGCAAGACACCACAGAAGAGGAAGAAAGACCAUCAUCAGCAAGAUCAGCAGCCUCAGCCAAGUCAGCAGCCUCUGCGAAAUCAGACAAAGGAAAGGUGGAUGGCAGUGCAGCAGACAAACCUACAGAAGAAGCUAAAACUGAAGGCAGUAUUAAAAGUCCAGCUGCAACUGACACUGGAAAAGAUGGUGAUGUUCAAGCUCAGCCAAAGUUGGCUGACUCUAAUAUUGGUGGCAGUCACACUUCUCUCUUGAGUGAGGGAAAGGAAACACAAGAGAAAGAAGAAAAAGAAUCUGUAAAAUCAGCUGCCAGUGUGGCUCCCUCAGAACCUAAAAAAUCAACUGAAGCCCAGGUGAAGCCACCUACUGCUAGUACUCUUUCCAAGCACCUAAGUCCGGCGAUGCCUAAACUUGGCAAGAGUUUUGUACCCAAAUAUAAGGGAGAACUGAAUGCUAUUUCUAUACAGCUUUUUAUCAUAGACGAGAGAUAUGAAAUGAGGUCCACAGAUUUUCUGCCCAAAGCUUUUGAGUUGUUUCCAGAGAGGGACUUUGCAGUGAUGACAGUUCCACAUCUAGUGCCUGAAUUUCCACUGUUACAAAAGAUGGUGAGAGCCACCCCACGGUGCCCAAGUACAUUGUCACAGGAAUUAUACCUAUUUCAUAGAGCUGGUUUGAUAAGGAAUUUUGAGAUCCGGCCUGCAUGCAGUAGUGAUUAUGAAGCAGUUGAAAAGCUAGUGUCAUCCCUAGACCUUCAUGAGAACUUGCUGGCUGACCUCAAGCAGUUCAACAAGGCCAGAAGAGAUGAUGAUGGCACACCAAUUCAAGCAUUUGUGGCUGACUGCAGUGGCCAAGUUGUCGGCAUUGCCAUCAUCAGGAACGAAGAGGACAUAGAAUACAUUCGCUCCCACUACAAUAUUGAGGACUUUGUGUAUUUUAACCAUCACAAGAGAGAUGAGCAUGGUCAUAUCCAUCACUUUGCAAUGAAUCCAGCAUUCCAGCACUAUUCUAAACACUUCUUGAAGGAAGUGUUGAGGCAAGGCCAUAAGACCUGUUUGUAUUAUCCCAUUUAUCCAUCUUACACCCCACGUCAGAUUGUGGAGAAGCAUUCCCUGAUAACAGCCAUUAAUGACUUGGUACCUGUGCGAGCUCGCAGACAGAUCAUCUACCCUGUGGAGAACCUGAGAGAGAAUGCUCCCUCUGAGAGGAUCCUGCAGGAGAAGGAGCCAUAUGCAUUGUGCCACAUUAACAGAAAACUUACUCUGGAACCAAAGGUUGUCAUUAAUGCCCGUAUUGUGGUGGUGGGAGCCUCGGAUACUGGGGUGGCAUUUUUGGAGACUUUGGUGUUCUGUCCUCACCUCCGGUUUAAUAACAUCACCCUGGUGUCACCGCGUGGUCUGCCAGGUGAACUGCCCCCAGACCAAGUCAAAGACAAACUUCUGGGAUCCAGUUUCUGCUACAACCAGGAGGACUAUGCCAGGUCGUCCCUGAGAACAUGGGUCAACGUGGUGUAUGGCAAGAUGACAAACAUUGACAGGAAAAAGAAGAAUGUGAUAGUGAACAACAGCACAAUGGUGCCCUAUGACCACCUCAUCCUGGCUACAGGCACCCAGUACCAGAUCCCAGCACCAACCGGGGCAGACAUCAGCAAGUUGCAGACCAGCAGCGAGGCCCCCUAUAGUCCAGAUAGGUGGCACCAGGGGACACCACCGUCCAAUGUGUUUAUCAUCAAUGAUGAGUACCAGGCUGCCAUGGCACUUUAUUGGGUGGAGAAUAACUUGAUGGUCACGGGAGGCAAGGCCUUGGUGUAUGGAAACAGUCUGGAUGCCUUCUGUUGUGUGCAGACAUUGAUGAAAAUGGGAAUACCUGGUGACAAGAUUAUACUGGUGGAGCCACCACUAGAGGGACCUACAACCUGCUUCAAUAACCCUGAUGUGACGACCGCAGUGUACGAUGCCCUGAAGGCCAGUGGGGUUGAGGUGUAUUCUGGGUACCUGUUAGCCCAAUGGAAUGAUGGGAAAGGUGGCAGUGAAGUUAUCUCUGCCUCUUUCACCUCCCAUACAAAGCCACUGAGAGUUGAAUGUGAUGUGUUUUUCAGCUAUUAUAAAAAGAGAGUGGAUUAUGAAGCUUUCCGAGCCAUCAAUGAUGCCUGCUUGGUUUAUGAUGGGAAAUUGGUCAUAGAUGCUACUUUCCACACCAAUGAUGUGUCCAUUAGAGGGGCAGGCACACUGACCAAGUUCCAGCGCAAAUAUCAUGCUGACCAAUGGACACACGCCAACUUUAACUCUAAGGAGGUUGGAACACAGCUGGCUAACACGAUGCUGAGUCUGUUUGACCCCACCCUAGAGCCUGAGGUCGAACCCCCAGCAGAGGAAAUCAACCUCAUCCCUAUGUACACCAUGCCAAAGAUACAGGAGGCUGAGCUGCCAGGUGGCUAUUACUACCUCCAUGUUGGCAAGCCCAGCCUGAAAGUCCAGCUAGAAGUCCAGAAAUCCCAGGCAGAUUAUGGUUGGGAGCUUAUAUUGGGAACUCCAGGUGGAAAUCCAGACUAUUUUCGCCUUCAUUUCAACCAGUAUAGAAAGGCAGAAACUAUCACCUGCCUUUCCAAGAAGCCCCUUGACAGCAGCAAUCUAAUCUGUCUGUACGGUCUUCAUGAAAGGUUCCUCAACAACUUAAUAUCUAGAUUCCAGGAGGGUCUUAUCAAGGAUUUCUACAGCUACUUCCGUGAGACAUGGUGUCUGGCAAUAUUCCACGACAGGUUUAAUGACUUCAGGGAAGAGGUCAGAGAACUCCUCAUCUCUCGGCCAGCUGACAACAUCGAGGCUCUGGAAGAGAAGGUCCGCUCGCUGAUUGAAGAAGACCUGCAGCUGAACAAUGCCCAGAGGAAAAACCUGCUGGAAGAGUUUGCCACCAGUGGCAUCAAGAGGGCCGUGGAGACCAGACUUCUGAGCUUCAUGCACUAUAACUAUUACCACCUGCCCAUGUAUGCCAAGCCAGGAAUGGUGUGAGCUAUACCAUAAUGAGAAAUAAACCUGGGGCACUUACUAAGUAAACCUGUAAAAAUCCCAGUGUAUUUUUGAUAUGAUAAAUAUUGAUGACUAUAAUCCAUUGAUUGAGUUUUCUUGUGAGAUACCAGACUUGGAAACAUUGUGAUUUUAGGUGGAAAAGAAUUGUAAAUAUUCAGUGAUGUAUUUAUCUGAGCAUCGUGUACAAAAAAUAUAUAUAUACAUUCAGAGAAAAUAUUAGUGUUUAAUUAUUCAACUGAAGAUUAAAAAAAAAAGAAAAAAAAAGAUGGCAAAUGACUUGCUCAUGCUGUACUUUUUUUUGUUGAUUCUGUGAUACUAAAAUAUUCUGUUUAUCCAGAAACUUUUUCAGAUAUACCGUCCAACUUUUUAAAUAAUUUUAUUUGCACUGCAUUUUUCAGAUACGAGGUAAAUUUCCUUUUAUGGAAAAAUUUAUUUACAUAUAUAAUGUGUUUAAUGUGAAAUGGUUCACAUUUAUCAUCCAUUAAAGUGUGCUUUACAAAUGUAGUGAUGAAGUGUUUAUGUAAAUAAAAAAGCUGCAGUCGAC